AUGUCCCACUUUUACCCCACAGCCGAGUACGCCGAAGACCAACCUCUGGCGCGAACUAUUCUCGCCACCCAUGUCGCCAGCCGUGGCUUUCAGCUAGGCACGGCGCUUGGCUUAAUAAGUUGUACUAUUGAAUCUGCGUUCAAACGUCGAUCUCUUGCCAUGCCUCUUCUCCUCCGCUCGGCGGGUACCGGAAGUAUCAUCGGCGCCGGAAUAUCAGCAGCUGGGAUGGUUGCCAGAAUGUGGGGUCGAGAGGAUAUUGAGUGGAGUGAUCGCAGUUGGAGAUUGCGAUAUAAUAUAGGGCAGUUGGCAAUGGAUAACUGGAGUGAGCCGGGAGCAGUCAUGGGUGCUCUUGCAGUGACUUUGCAGAGGCGGCCAGUGGCCAUAUUAGGGGGUUGGCGCGGAGUCGUUGGCGGGGCGGGAAUCGGGUCCUUGGCUGGUGUGAUUGGGUGUAUCCUUUUCACUGAAGGAUUCCAGCACAAGAGUAAAUAA